UGUAUGCUGACCGUCCAUCGGUAUCUAGUAGGAAAGCAGCUGACAAGCAACAAGCGCCCGCGCGACUAGGCUACCAAGUUCAACCUUUCGAAUCCCGUUCUCGUCGCACAUACCUACGAUACACCCACACGAACCUAUGCGGCUCUUACAGUACAGCGAAAGCGGAGAGCUCAGCAUCCACAGCUUCGACAAUGGCGACAUACCCCCUUACGCGAUACUCUCACACACCUGGGGCGCAGAUGGCGACGAGGUGACGUUUGCAGACCUCCAGACAGGCGGCGGCAAGACAAAGCCAGGCUAUAAGAAGAUUGUCUUCUGCGGAAGACAGGCGCGGCGCGAUAGCCUCCAGUACUUCUGGAUCGACACGUGCUGCAUCGACAAGGCCAACAAGGCUGAACUUGCCUUCUCUAUCCGAUCGAUGUUUCGCUGGUACCGCGAUGCAGCUCGGUGUUAUGUAUAUCUGUCGGAUGUUUGGAAAAGGAAGAGGAAAGCCUGCGACAGAGCUGCUAGGCUUAGCUGGGAGCCUGCUUUUAGGUCGAGCCGGUGGUUUAAGCGUGGCUGGACUCUUCAAGAGCUUCUUGCUCCAGCUAUAGUCGAGUUCUUCUCGCAAGAAGGAGAGAGUCUUGGUAGUAAGACGUCAUUGCAGAUAAUGAUCCACGAGAUAACUAGCAUUCCGUCCGAAGUGCUCAACGGAGCCCCGCUUUCUCGGUCUAUCAUUAACGAGCGGUUGAGGUGGGCAGAAGGCCGGACGACUAGGCGCGACGAGGAUAAAGCAUAUUGCCUGCAAGGCAUCCUCGAUGUUGAGCUAGCGCCGUUAUAUGGCGAGGGCGAGGCCGGCGCGUUCAAGCGUUUGAUGGACGAAGUUGACAAGCUAGAACAAUGCAUUCAAGACAUACGCCAAACAGAUCCGUGCGACGACAAGAAGCGCAUUGAGGACACCAGAGGUGGACUGCUAGCAGACUCCUACCGCUGGAUCCUCGACAACACCACGUUCAGGCAGUGGUAUGAGGACCAACACAGCGGACUGCUCUGGGUGAAAGGCGAUCCUGGCAAAGGCAAGACAAUGCUGCUGUGUGGCAUUAUCGACGAACUGCAAAACUUGACGCCGAAACCUACCCUUAUAUCAUACUUUUUCUGCCAGGCGACCGACACGCGUAUUAAUAGUGCCACAGCUGUGCUGCGGGGCUUGCUGUACAUGCUUGUGCACCGACAGCCGUCGCUUGCAUCGCACGUUCGCAAGAAGCACGACCACGCAGGCAAAAGCUUGUUCGAGGAUGCGAAUGCCUAGGUCGCCCUGACAGAAAUCUUCGCCGACAUGCUGCAAGAUGCAGGCCUAGGCACAACGUGCCUAAUUAUUGACGCGCUCGACGAAUGCGCGACAGACUUACCAAAAUUGCUUAGCUUUAUCGCGAAGCACUCGUCUGCGUCCUCUCGCGUCAAGUGGAUUGUGUCUAGUCGCAACUGGCCAGAUAUUGAGGAAGAACUGGAGCGUGCUGAGCACGGAAUGAGGCUCAGCCUUGAGUUGAACGCCGAGUCGGUGGCUGCAGCAGUAGAUGUGUUUAUCCGGCAGAAGGUGCGUCGCCUAGCCCAAGAGAAGCGCUACGCGCCAGAGGUGCAAGA